AUGCCCAUCCGCAACUGCACGGAGCUUAAGAUAAAAGGCAUCCAGUUCCCAGCCUUGGAGGGCGACGUGAUUGUAACGCCCUGUCCCGAUCAUCAUUACGGCCACCAGCGAUGGACGUGCUCUGAAGAUGGAUUCGUGAUGCUCGAAAACUGCACUUCAUUCACUGACUGGAUCGAUGAUCUGAGGGGAUUGCUGAACGAUUCGAAUAUUCCGGACAUAUUGCCCAACUUGACUUUGGCGGUCGAAGGCGUAAAGGAUUUGUCAGGGGAGGAGAUUGAGAAGAUUGUGGAUUUACUCAACCGAUUGUUUGAAGCCUUUAACCAUGGCUUAGUCGGAGACGACAUGCUUCAGCAGAAUGCCAAUCGAACGAAGACUUUCACAUCCCUCCUCAGGACAAUAAGUCGCUCGUCUCUUGAUUUGUCGGAGAAACUUCUCAUGGGCUUUGACGAGGAACUUGAGUUUGUAGCAGCGCAAUCGACAUUUUUGAUUGAGGUUCAUGGACAAAAGAAGGGAGCUCGGUCAAAUCCACUCAUCUUCCCCAGCACGGAAAGCAAGACGUAUUUGAAGCUUCCCGGAACAUCUGAAGGUGAUUCGGAUGGCAACCAUUACUCCUAUGUUGGGGUUUUGUAUGCCGUUCAGAACUUGGACCAACUGCUGCCUGGUCAUCAAAACGUAAAUGAAAACUCAACAUUGGUGAACCCUAGUCAGCAGUUGUGCCUUUGCCUCUUGUUGGGCCAGAUAUGUCUAUUCCUGCUCAUUGACCGUUACAUCUUCAAUCUUUCCGAGGUCGGUUGCGCCAUCACUGGAAUGUUCAUGCACUUGAUAUUCCUCUGCGUCUUCAUGUGGCUGGCCUUGGAGUGCCUCUCCAUCUAUCGGAAACUGGUCGGCAAGCCUAAGCGUUUCAGACUUUCCACACGAGCGCAUUUUAUCAUCGGAUAUGGUGUUCCCUUUGGGAUCGUCUGCAUCACGGCUUCAGUGUCCUUUGGUACUCGCACGCACGGAUACGGAGCCGGGGAAUUGUGA